UGUUGAUGUUUAGUAAAAGGAUAAGGUUAGAAUUAAAAUUCUCAAUGUUUAACGUACAAAUUGUGGAAUUUUGAUGGCGUAAAUCCCGAUUGAGUUCUGCAUUCCGAAAUUACUUCUCGGUUCAAGUUCAACAAUGAACUUGAUUUACCCCAUCAAUUCUCUUUAUAACCCAGUUAUCAAUUUCUCAAAUUCAAACGCUCAACCUUGCAGUCAGUUACGCAGUAAUUCCACUUUAUCUCGGCUAAAAGCUUCAGCAAGUCAGCCAUGGGAAGUGGGUUCGUCAGUGUCACGCUCCUCUGAAAACAAUCUAUGGCUGAAAUUGCCUCAAGCAGUUGUCAAGGUUUCUGGGACUUCGUUGGUACUGAUUGCGCUUGGGGUCUUUAGCCUCUCAAUUUCUAACAAGGGUUCUACCGCUACUGCCCUUGCUGCCAUUGAUGCUACUCAAAGUCGGCCGAGGCAGGCGGAAAGCAUUGCUGAAGAUGAUGUUCAAGGAAGAAAUGCGGAGGAUUUGGACGAUGAGCAGUUGCAUGAAGCAUUUGAGAAUUGGAAAUCCAAAACAUAUGCUUUGAGUCUCCCAUUAAGAGUUGUUGCUUUACAAGGAUCUUUACCACCUGCCUGGAUCAAGGAUUUUAUUCAGUCUCAAGGAAGGAGAUCAAAGCUAAGUGUGCAGUUCCGUGGUACUUUAGAAAAUAUAUUUUCUGAACUUUCAAGGUCCUCUAACAAAAUUGAAGCCUCUCCAAAAUCUGCUAUCACCGCUGAUCUCGUUACUAUUGGUGACUCUUGGCUUGAUAUCGUGAUUGGCAAGUCUAUAAUAGAGCCAAUGCAAAUGGCAGAAGACAGUGAUUGGUUUAGGGGUCUGCCUGAAAAAUGGAAGAUUUAUUUGCGUAGGAAUAACAAAGGGCAGAUCGAUCCCAAGGGUAGAAUUUGGGCUGUUCCAUAUAGAUGGGGAAGCAUGGUGAUAGCAUACAAGAAGAGCAAAUUUGACAAGCUUGGACUUGCUCCCAUAGAGGACUGGAAAGAUUUAUGGCGUCCUGAACUUGCAGGAAGGAUUUCUAUGGUAAAUUCACCUAGAGAGGUUAUUGGGGCUGUGUUGAAGUAUAUGGGAGCGUCAUAUAAUACUAGUGACAUCAGCAAAGAGAUUCCUGGUGGAAUUAGUGCUGUACAGCAUAAUCUUUCUCAACUUGCAAAACAGGUAUUGCUAUUUGACAGUGCGAACUAUCUGAAGGCUUUCAAUGUCGGUGAUACCUGGGUGGCUGUUGGAUGGAGCAGUGACAUCCUUCCUGCUGCCAAGCGAUUGUCAAAUGUUGCUGUUGUUGCUCCAAAAUCAGGAUCCGGUUUAUGGGCAGAUCUGUGGGCUGUCCCGUCUACAACUGGAUACCCAUCAAAUGAAAAACUUGGAGGGCGAAUCAGAGGGCCAUCGCCAUUGAUUCAUCAGUGGUUAGACUUCUGUCUACAACCUGCUCGAGAACUUCCUUUUAAGCAAGGGGUGUUUCCUGGUGCGUUGCCGUCUGCCUUAGAAAAUGUGCCUGCUGAAGUCGAACUCAAGGGUGCACCAGAGCUUGUCACAAACCUCAUUUCUGGAGUUCCACCCCCUGAAAUCUUAUGUAAAUGUGAAUUUUUGGAACCACUGUCUGAGACUGCAUUAUCGGAUUAUAAAUGUUUGAUUUCUUCAAUCGAAAAACCCAGUAAUGGAUUGAGAGAACAAUUUUUCACACCUGCAAUUCAUGCAAUAAGGAUGAAGAUUUCGUCAUUGAGAAAAGAGAAGUGAUAAUGUUUGGUGUAAUUUAUCUGUAAGUACAGAAGUAACAGUCAUGUUUUAUGAUUUUAUUGUACAUGUAUAAAUUGAAUUCAACAUUUUUCAGUGAUCAUUCGCUGGCUGUUUUAAGGCGGCUUUUGGUUUGA